GAUAUGAUAGAAUUGCUUAGCCCGCUUGAUCAAUUUUCCAUUGUCCCAUUGAUUCCUAUGAAUAUUAGGGACUUGUAUUUCUCAUUCACAAAUCCCUCUUUGUUUAUGCUGCUAACUCUCAGUUUGGUCCUACUUCUAGUUCAUUUUGUUACUAAAAAGGGAGGAGGAAAGUCAGUACCAAAUGCUUGGCAAUCUUUGGUGGAGCUUCUUUAUUCUUUCGUGCUGAACCUGGUAAACGAACAAAUAGGCGGGGUUUCCGGAAAUGUGAAACAAAAGUUUUUCCCUUGCAUCUCGGUCACUUUGACUUUUUUGUUAUUUCGUAAUCCCCAGGGUAUGAUACCUUAUAGCUUCACAGUGACAAGUCAUUUUCUCAUUACUUUGGGUCUCUCAUUUUCUCUUUUUAUUGGCAUUACUAUAGUGGGAUUUCAAAGAAAUAGGCUUCAUUUUUUAAGCUUUUUCUUACCCGCAGGAGUCCCACUGCCGUUAGCACCUUUUUUAGUACUCCUUGAGCUAAUCCCUCAUUGUUUUCGCGCAUUAAGCUCAGGAAUACGUUUAUUUGCUAAUAUGAUGGCCGGUCAUAGUUCAGUAAAGAUUUUAAGUGGGUUCACUUGGACUAUGCUAUGUAUGAAUAGCCUUGUAUAUUUCAUAGGGGCUCUUGGUCCUUUAUUUAUAGUUCUUGCAUUAACCGGUCCGGAAUUAGGUGUAGCUAUAUUACAAGCUCAUGUUUCUACAAUCUUAAUCUGUAUUUACUUGAAUGAUGCUAUAAAUCUUCAUUAA